AUGCGUUCUGGGGCAUUGCUGUUGAUUUGGUUGCACGGCAUCUUUGUCAGUACCGUCCAGGCGAUCAAUUUGAGGUUCCCGUUUGGAGCGACGAAGGUUCGGGGAGUUAACUUAGGUGGAUGGCUUGUUCUUGAGCCAUUCGUUACUCCCUCUCUGUUCGAUGCGACGGGAAACCCGGCGAUCAUCGACGAAUGGACGUUCUCUGCUUAUCAGUCUUACGCGACGGCGCAAAGUGCGUUGGUAAGACAUUGGGAGACGUUCAUUACGGAGGCGGAUUUUGCUGCCAUUGCUGGCGCCGGUUUGAAUCAUGUCAGGAUACCGAUUGGAUAUUGGGCAUUUGAUAUAUCCAAGGGCGAACCGUAUCAUCAAGGACAAUUCGGUUAUUUGAAGAGAGCUGUGGGAUGGGCUGCGAAUCAUGGAGUCAAAGUGCUUAUUGACCUCCACGGGGUUCCCGGCUCUCAGAACGGCUGGAACCACAGCGGUCGACAGGGUCCAGCAAACUGGGCUUCAAACAGUACGAAUCUCGCUCGGACGCGCGCCGUCCUUCGAACCCUCGCUGCGGAGUUCUCCCAAUCUAAAUACGCCAAUGUCGUCACCUCUAUCACUCCCUUGAACGAACCUGCUCCAUUCCAGAAUGGGAACAUUUUGCCUGCUGCGAGGCAGUAUUACCUCGAUGCAUAUGGGAUCAUAAGAAAUCCUGGCGGUGGGGUAAAAGGGAAUCUGUACAUCACGUAUCAUGAUGCGUUUCUGGGUGAUUGGGGGUAUUGGACUUUCCUCAGUAACAAGAGCAAGUUCCAAGGGAUUUCGUUGGACACGCACAUUUAUGAUAUUUUCUCGAGUGGGGGGGUUAAGCUGUCGUAUGCGCAGCAUAUUUCGGGUAUGUGUGCUAGGGGGAGACAGAUCAGACAAUGGGCUUCGAGGAAUAUUGGGGUCAUGGUUGGUGAAUGGACUUUUGCGCCGACUGACUGUGCGAAAUAUCUCAAUGGAAGAAAUAACGGAGCUCGGUAUGAUGGGUCGCUUCCUGGAUCUACGUAUGUGGGAAGUUGUACGGGGAAGUCAGGUAGCGGAGCAUCGUUCUCCGCUAGCUAUAAGACUUUCCUACGAAAGUACUACGAGGCUCAAACUCAGGCUUGGGAGCAGAGUGUUGGAUGGAUCCAUUGGACCUGGAAGACUGAGGUUGCGGCGGACUGGUCUUAUCAGGCCGGACUGGCUCAAGGAUGGAUUCCACAAAAUCCUGCUAGUAGGAAGUAUGAUAAUAUUUGCGGGUACUAG